AGCCAAAAAACUAUUUUUAUAUUUUUUUGUAUGUUUGUUACAAUUUAAAAGAAUAUAGGAGGAUAAAACAUAUGAUUUGUGCUUGCAUAAGUUAAUAAUAAUGUCUAAGGUUUUGGACUAUGAAGAAUUAAUCAUAGAAUGACUGAUAACACUGGGGAACAGUCAUUUUGCGGCAUGGUAGUUUAGAGUCAAUUCUGUAUGCGACUAGUGUGCUGAAUACUAGAACAUUAUUAGAUUUGUCAAAUUGACUCUAGAUCUUGAGAUAAAUGCUAUUACAUAACUAUUAAUAUGAAAAAAAAAACUAAAUAAAAAUACCAAUCUGUAUUAAAAAAUUACACUAAGAUCCUAUUUAAGAACAAUAUAAAAAUUAAAAUAUAAUUGCUUUACAUCAAAUAAUAGAAAAAAAUCUACAAAAGCUUUUUCUGUAAGCUUUUAUGUUAUGGUUUUGGUCAGGAAAAUUCCAUAAUUAUGUAAACAGUAAUCAGCCAUCAUCUGGCGGUCCCAUUGACCUUGGAUAUCUUUCUUCCACUAUCCUGAUGUUCUGGUGGAACCGUUCUGCUUAUUCCUCACUAAUCACCCAGAUUAUGUGAGAAACUGUCCAAAUGGCUAUUGUAAAAAAAUGAAUACUCAAAUAAGCUCCUUAUGUGUGAAAUUUUUAAAACAAUUUAGCAACCAAUUCUGAAAAGUCUGGUGCUCUAUGCCUCCCCAAGUAUUGUUUGACUACUAAAAGAAAGCUUAGCCAUGCUUCAGAUUAAAUUUUUGUUAUGUGGUUUACAAAUACAGUGUCUUUUGUAAGAGUACGGAUUUGCGGUCAAUCGAAUUUAUUUUUUCCGUAUUCAAACGGACGUUUCAGGAUGUAAAAGACAUUAAUUUGGCUGACUUUUGAUAAUUUAAGUGAUUAGAAAGCUCAGUUCAUAACUUUGGCCUUCCAAAUUGAAGUCCUUUACGUCCUGCUCGACUCCAGUAUAGCAGUCUACAUAAGACUUGCAGACGAUAUUGGACCCCCAAUAUUUAUUCUUUUAUGGAAGUUUUAUACCAAAGUAUGCUUGGUAGGUUUUUAUCACUACCUCCGUGAUCAUUUUUCUUUGCCUUUGUAAGUUUACAAACCAAAUAUUAACAAAAACUGUUGGGGUUGUAAACGCAAGGUUUUCAUAACGAACUCAUAUUUUUUGAGGCAAAAAGCUCUUUAAAAAUUAAUUUAAAAGACACAAACUGAUAAUUUCAAGGUCUAGUAGCUGAUAACUAAAUUGUUGUAACUAAAUACAUGAGUAGAAAAUAAAACUAGAUAAAGCUUAGUGGGGUAUAAUCAAAUUCAUAUAAGUUUAGGGAGGGUCGUUUAAUUUUUUCAUUGAUUUCUUCAAUAAUAUUUUUGCAUAUUUUGAGAUUAUGUCAUCACAACGAAAAGUUGUAUGGUUUUAUUAUGAUAGCAUCUUAUUUAUAUUGUAAAGCGGCGUAUUUGCAUGGAGCGUCAUUUCGAAGAAAGUUUCAUACAUAUAAUGCUAUGAGAUACGCAGUUCUCGCCUGUUUGUUACCGUUUGUUGACGCUUACUUUAUCAACAUGAAUUUUAUUCAGAGUGAAUGUGCACAAAUCAACAGUCAUUUUACUGUUAGUACAUCAAUCGUUUUGAACUAGGCAUUUUAACUUAAUCUUAUAAUUUAAAAAAUAUUUAUUAUGAAGGACUUCCAAAAGUACUUUAAUUUUAAAAUACUCAGAUUUCGAAAAAGUUAAAGACAUUGCCCCAGUACAAUGUCUAUAACAUGCUAAAGCAUGCAUUAUAAUUUUCAAAUGUAUUGAAUACAUGGCCCGUCGUUAAGGCAUGGGCCAUGGGCUCAUCAAAUCUAACACCACCAGGGUGACCCCAGUUGUAAUUCACACGAUAGAUGUUACCUUAUUGAAUCAUUAACUGAAACAUGAUGCAACCGUAGUUUUGUGUUACGGGUACUGUUUUAUACCGACAUGUAAUGUACGUUAUUUGGGAAGCCUUACUUUCUUCGGGCUAUGAUUAAGUAUGUUAAAUAAUUCUUAAUGUAAAUUGGUGUCGUUGUGCGUAAAUAAGCGUUUAUUCGCCAGUGAUAUUAACAUAUUCAUUUAAAUGUGAAUGAGGUGAGGAUGGAUGCUCGGUGACCUAAUACAGACAUGUCACUCGAACUCGCACCGCCACGACACCCGGAGUCCUACCCGUAAUCCCUAGUGCGCACAAUCUAUCACCAAAUAACAUACUAUUAUCAUUGAAUGCGUAAUCGUUAUUUUGAUUAAAUUCUGCGUUAUCAAAUAAUAUUUUAUAAUUUGUGUUGAUUAUAACUACGUCAUAGGUCAGCCCACAAUCUUAUCAUUUACUGUUUAAAUGUUUGUGCUUUACAUCCAGUGAAGUCAGUUAACUUCGAGCCAGUUAUGAAAGUACAUCUUCUAAAUAUUUUUUUGAGAAGUAGUUUGCUUUGAUAAAAUUACCGAAAAUUUAAAGUGAAAAGUAUCUAAUACUUUUGUGUAUAAAAGUUUUCUGAUUUUAAAUUAUUAUUUAAAGAAUAUCAGUGUGGAACUUAAAAUGCCUUUGCGUCGGAGCAAGGUUCUAGUGAAAUGGAUAUUCGAGAACCAGCACAAGUUGCAGACAGUGCGGUGCUGCAGCUCCUCGCUGCGGUACAAGGAGCUUGAGGAGAGCGCGGCGGCGGCGCCCGAGCCCGCGCCCGCGCCUGCCCCCAAGCCACGCCCCGAUAUUACGCCUGAAAUCUCGUUCAAGUCCGAUGACCUGCAGGUCAGGCUCGCCGCGCCCUAUCAGCUACAGCCGAAGCCAGAAGCGGCGGACCUCGGAUUCGGGAAGUUCUUCACCGAUCACAUGCUCAAAGUACCUUAUCAGAAACAACUGGGCGGGUGGCAGAAACCAGAAAUAAUGCCCUUUGAAAAUUUAAGCAUACACCCGGCAGCUAAAGCUCUUCAUUACGCAAUACAGCUGUUCGAAGGAAUGAAAGCAUACCGCGGCAGAGACGACAAGAUCCGGUUGUUCCGGCCAGAUCUUAAUAUGGAACGAAUGAACCUCGCGGCGCAGCGCUCGGGGCUGCCCACGUUUGACGGCGAUGAGCUCAUCAACUGCAUCAAGCGCCUCGUGCAGAUCGACCAGGAAUGGGUCCCGCACUUGGAAACCUCCAGCCUGUACAUACGACCUACAUUAAUAGGUGUUGAGCCGACAUUCGGCAUCCAGGCGCCGGAGCAGGCGCUCCUGUUCGUGAUCCUGAGCCCCGUGAGCGCGUACUACAAGACGGGCGGCGACGGCGCCGUGUCCAUCUACGCCGACCCCAACGUGGUGCGAGCCUUCCCGGGAGGCGUCGGCAACCGCAAGGUCGGCUCCAACUAUGGACCAACCAUAGAGGCGACGGCCCGUGCGGCAAAGAUGGGACACCACCAAGUAUUAUGGCUCUUCGGACCCAACCACGAGUUGACUGAAGUGGGAGCUAUGAAUGUAUUCAUGGUUUACAUCAAUGAUCAAGGAGACAAACAGUUGAGUACGCCGCCACUGAACGGGCUAAUCCUGCCGGGAGUGACGCGGCGAUCUAUUCUGGAGCUGGCCAGCCAGUGGGAAGACCUCACGGUCAAAGAGGAGGUCAUCACCAUGAACCGCGUCGUCGAGUUGAACGAACAAGGACGACUUCUGGAGAUGUUCGGCGCGGGCACGGCGGUGGUGAUCAGCCCCAUCAGCCGGGUGGGCUUCCUGGAGCAGAACAUCGCCAUCCCCACCAUGAGCCAGCCUCAGCCUGUCUACCGGCGCGUGCGCGACACGCUGCUCGCCAUCCAGUACGGACACAUAGACCACCCCUACGCCCGCGUCAUAUCCUGAGCCCAACCCCAGUGCACCGACACCGAGCGUUGUGCCAAAUAAAUAUUCACGAGACUAUGCCGGACGAUUGUGUGUGUGUGCUAGGUAUUUACGAUAAACUGAGGUUACGCGAAACGAGUGUGCGGGCUGAAACUUUUUAAAUUUGACGCGCUCUAUCGCGUGCUCGAUAUCGCCGCAGCCCCUCGCCGGGCCUUGUGAAUGUUUAAUAUUUAUUCGUUACCGUCCUUGCGUCGGGUGACCGCCGCUUUGUGAACUUGUGGUGCGGUUCGUGGCGAUUUAAAUUUUAGAAAUUGUCGUCGUCUAGUUUUAUACUAUGAAAUGUGAGCGACUCGACGUUGUUUAUUAUACUGAAAAGUAGGAAACGAUGGUUGCGAGAUCGUUGACAAACGGACUAAUUAAGAUUUUAGGACAAUGUGUGCAAAAGCACACAGCGAAGACGACGCUUAGGACUGUACUAUAUGUAGGAAUUGUUUUAUGUAACUUAUUCUAUAAUAAUGUAGAGUUUUUGUAAAUAUUACAAUAUGUAUAGUAGAUGACUAGGCUUAGGUAAAGAUACAUAUCAAAUAAUGAUUCUAAUUGGAAAACCACUGAUACCUUAUCUGUUAUUCUGCCGAGUCAUUAAUCAGGUUAAUUAAGAAAAUGUGACUUUUGCAGCAAUGCAAACGUCUCGAUCAAGUCUCAAUACAGCAGCAAUACAAUCUUUUAAAUAGUCUACAUUUGCAGCUUUAAUUUUUUUUUAAAUAUGAUAUUAGGGUACCUACUUCACAGUGACACCUCCGAACUGCCGAUAUCUAUUUAAUAAGCUGUCGAAACGAUACUAUAGACCAAUUUGUGAAAAGGUUAAUUUAUUAUAAAGAAUGGUAUUCAAAAAUUGUUUGAAGAUUUAUAGUCGGCAAUCCUACAAUGUGUUUUAUUUCAUUGACUGAAUCUAAGCAAUCUCUUAAAUGAUUACAGUCAGGUUCUAAUAAGUGUAGUUCAUUCAUUUAUUCUGAAUUUUAUAUACAAAUAUUAUAUUAAUAACUACAUAAUCAGAAAAACCUAUUUAUUUGUAAACUUGGAGCGAACUUCUGUCCAUUCAAAUGUGCUAAUCCUUAUUUUAUAAGUUUUCAGGCUUUAGUAUAGUUUUAUGUUGGUUAGAUGGGUGUUACCUCUUUAUGAACUUGCAUUGAACUGGUAGACCAAACGUCUUUAUCGAGUUAAGUUUGACUAGAAACGAUGUUCUUGGCAGUAUCAAGUGCCGUAUUUUUGAAGUAUUACAAUUCAAAUUGGCAUUUGAAAUAUGUAAUAGAAUUAUGUUAUUAUGACACGUAUAAUACACGAUAUUAUGUUAACAUUAAAACAUACGCCUUCAAAUGAUUUAUACAUUUUAGCAUAUUUUAUACAGAAUUUAGAUUUAUCUACCAGUAAAGUUAUGCAAGGUGCAAUAUUUAGUGUAAAUAAUUAUGAUGUGAUAUUAAACUAAUGUAAAUAUGUACGGAUUGAAUCAAAUGGUUUUGUGAAGUCAUUAAGGCAAGUUUUCCUUUUUCAGUAUAUUUUGUGUUCUAGUCUAAGAAUCUAAAAUAAUAGGUAAUAAUGUAUUUAUGUGAAAGAGAAUGGACGAAUUUUCAUAUUGCUCUUGCAAAAUAAAUUGAUUUUAACAUCUUGUCUUUCUUUUUACAUAGAUUAUAUUAUUUAAAGAUACAUACAUGUACAAAUAAGCUAAACUGAUAUUAAAACAAUAAACGAUUUCAUUAAGAUUACAAAA